GCGACGGGCUUUCCGUCUUAGAACCAUGGCCCAGUUUGUCCGUAACCUCGCGGAGAAGGCCCCGGAGCUGGUCAGCACUGCUGUGACUUACUUGAAGCCUCGAUUGGCCACAUUUUGGCACUAUGCCAAGGUUGAGCUGCUUCCUCCAACCCCUGCUGAGAUCCCUACAGCUAUUCAGAGCUUGAAAAACAUUAUCAAUAGUGCUCACACUGGUAGCUUCAAACAGCUUACAGUUAAGGAAGCUCUACUGAAUGGUUUGAUGGCCACUGAGGUGUGGAUGUGGUUUUAUGUUGGCGAGAUCAUAGGCAAGCGUGGCAUCAUUGGCUAUAAUGUUUGAAGACCAAUCUUUGCUCAGUUUUUUGGCUGUUCUUGGACCGUGUGUGAGCAGACUGCUAUUUGAAUAAAAUAAGACAAUGUGUCAAAAUCAGUGUUUUCUCUGUCAAGCAUUACAUGGAAGGUCACAAUUUCUCUUGAUAUUAAGUUGGGUUGUCUUUUGCUUUAAUACAUUAAUACGGCUGUAAAUGCAUGUCUUUGCUUAACCUGCAAUUGGAAAGGAUAGAUAUGAUCAUACCAACCUGGUACAUGUAUAUGUGAGGAUAGCAUUUUACUCUGAAGGCUUGAAAUAAAUGAUAUUUAAGCUUAAUUUUAGAAAAGUUGGGGAAAG